AUGAAUUUCUUUUUGGAGAUUGUGAAACAAAUCUUCAUCCUUCUCAAGAAGAAUGGACUACUCUAUCUCAGAAGAUGGAAAUCCACUCUCCUUCAACUCCUUUCCCCUAUUCUCAUUUUGGCAGUUCUAGUAAUUCUUGCAAGUAUUACUGAAAUAUCUUUUGGAGGUAAAAGUGUGACUUCUCAACCCGUGUUGAACAUUCAUUCUCCUAACAUUGAUAUACCAAUCAAUGCAUCAACCGCUAGUCCUCUUCGUUUCUAUAAUUGUACUUCAUGGAAUGGAAAAUCAUGUUACUCGUUGAGUGUCACUGCUAAUGGUGUUCCAAUGGGUGAAAUUGUAUUGAAUCAAUUUCUAGUACAAGAUUAUGGAUUGGUUCAAGAUAGAGACUAUAAGAAUUUUACAACUCAAAAACAAUUAGAAUCAUUUCUUUAUGAAAAUCAAAAUUCAACAAUUAUUGGAAUUGCAUUUCUUCCAGAUUCUCCUAAUACUGUAUCUUAUACUAUUUAUUACAAUCGGACCAAAAAUGAUUUAUAUUCUCCAGUUCUAUCUAUUCAAAAUUUAAUUGACAAUACAAUUGUUUAUUUGAGAAUGAAACAAUUAGGAAGAUUGGACUAUUUGAAUUCUGAGAACCCAAAACAAAGUAUUCAAGUCCAUUAUAAGAAUUUUGCUCAACCACCUACUCGUAGAAAUGGACAAGUGAUUAUUUAUAAUAGUACUGGACCAACCUUCUUUAGUAUUGGAGCCAUGAUUAUUCUCAUUGUCAGUUUGAACGGCCUUGUAGUUGAGAAAGAGGCUCGUUUAAGAUUUGCCAUGAUCAUGAUGGGCAUGAAAGACUCUGCUUACUUUAUUUCAUGGUUGAUUACAUUCUUUAUCAUUUGUGUGGUAUUCUCAUUGGUCAAUGUUAUUGGAGGCAUGAUCUUUGGAAUUAGUAUCUUUUUGAAAGGCAAUUUCUUGAUUUUAUUAAUUUUAUUCGUUUGCUUUACUUUCUCAUUGAUUUGUCUUGCCUUUUUAUUAUCCACAUUUAUUAAGGAAUCCAAGAGUGCAUUGGUAUUGGGAUUUACAGUAUUAGCAAUAUCAUUUAUUCUCAAUCUCUUUGUUUCUAAUGGAUCUGUGGUAUAUCAAUUGUACUCUCCAGAUGUCACAGCUGUAUUUAGAGUUAUUCUUUCAUUUUAUCCUCCUUUUAACUUUGCAAAGGUCUUUACUGACAUUGCAACUAAAACGCUUCCAGUCUAUGAUGAAGUUCAAAGAAAAUUUGUUCCAGGACCAGGCUAUUCCUUUGAUGAUUUUGCAUAUGGAACCAAUACCUAUGAUUAUGUUCCAAAAUCCUAUGUUGGUAUUUUGGUACUCAUUUGUAAUGGAUUGUUAUUCUUAUUAAUGUAUUGGUAUUGUGAUAAUGUCAUUUCAGAUGCAAAAGGUGUUCGAAAGAGUCCCAUCUUCUUUUUAUAUCCUUCUUAUUGGGGAUUAGACAAGAUCAUGACACGUUUAUUGAGAAAGAAUUCGGAUUUGAAUAUUAAAAUUAAUGAAAAGCAAGAUGAAGAAGAUUAUCAAAAUAUGGAAACAGAUGAUGUCAGAAAUGAAUUUAAGAGAGCACGUGACGUUGGAUUGAAUGCUGUUGUGAGAAUUGUAUCUUUGAGACAGACCUAUGCUGGAUUGUUGAGUAAAUUAGCUGCCAAGUUCCUUCCCGCCAAAAUGGCUCAAAGUAGAUUUUUUAGAGAGAAGAAGGCUUUGAGAGGUUUGAAUUUAGUGGUUGAAGAUAAUCAAUGUGUAUGCUUGUUAGGACACAAUGGUGCAGGUAAAUCAACUACAAUGAACAUUCUCACUGGUCUCUAUCAACAAACAUCAGGUGAAGCCUUUAUUGGUGGACUCAAUGUUAAGACAUCCAUUGAACAGAUUAGAAAACAAUUAGGAAUGUGUCCUCAACAUGACAUUUUAUGGGAUGAUUUGACAGCAGAAGAACAUUUAGAAUUAUUUGGAGAUAUGAAAGGUGUUCCAAGAUCUCAACGUAAUGAAGAAGUGAAAUCUCUAUUAGAAUCUGUAGAUUUAUUAGACGUUGGACAUCACUUGUCUAAAACAUAUUCAGGUGGUAUGAAGAGAAGAUUAUCGAUUUGUAUUGCUUGUAUUGGAAGUCCUAAAUUGGUAUUAUUGGAUGAACCUACUACUGGAUUGGAUCCAUUCUCUAGAAAGAAGGCAUGGAAUUUAAUUCAUAAAAUGAAAAAGGGUAGAGCCAUGAUUCUCACCACUCAUGCCAUGGAUGAAGCCGAUUAUCUUUCUGAUCGUAUUGCUAUUAUGGCUCAUGGUCAAUUGAAAUGUAUUGGAGAUUCUCUUUCCAUUAAGGCUCAAUAUGGUUCUGGUUAUAAUUUACUUGUGGUAUCCAAUACAGGAUUUGAGAAACAAGUUCUUAAAUUAGUUUUUAAUUACAUUCCCUCUGCAAAGAUUGUGAGCCAAAGUGCAGGAAAUUAUAUUUUCAAUGUUCCUAAAGAACAAUUAACUGAAUUGGGUAAUUUAUUAGAAUAUUUUGAGAAAUUGAUGGAGAAUCAUGAUUCUAACCAUGAUACAUCACCACCCUUAUUGAAGGAUUGGGGUAUUUCCCAAACCACACUGGAAGAAGUAUAUCUAAAGGUGACCAAAAAAUCAGAAUUUGGAUACAAGAAUCAGGAUGAUACAGCUGGAUUGAGCACCAUUGGAAGUGAAGCUAAUUUAGAACAACGAGAAUUGUUACCUCACAACCCACUCGUCAACAGUGAAUCCGAGUUGACCAUUCCUCAAAUUCCUUCCACCAAUGAUUUUGAAAUGAAUACGAUUGCCAGUAGUGGUGGUUUGGAUCCAAACAACCAAACGACUCGUGAAUAA